AUGUUAGUGGUUUGUGAGAAAAAUGCGGCUUUGCAAGUGAUAGUUAAUAAUUUAAAUAGCAUUGAACUUGGCUCCUAUUUUAUUAAAAUAAACGAGUUAAACCAAGUUCCAGAGAUUUCUCGGCAUAUUAGUAGCGUCUUGGAAGAAAAUAAAAAAAAUACUGUUGAAACUAUUUCUUCUUUAACUAAUUUGGAAGAUCCGCUUUUUGACUAUCUAAUUUUUGACGAAGCUUCUCAAAUGCCGUUAGAAAAGUCGGUUCCUCUCUUUACUCGAGCAAAAAAACUUAUCGUUAUUGAAGAAGAGGAGGCAGAAUGGAUAAUUGAAGAAAAUCAAACUAAAGAGGAAAAAGAACAUUUGAAAGAAAUUGACGAAAGUGAAAUUAACUUAGAAAUUAGUGAUUUAGGAAAAGGGAGUAGUUUAGUAAAUGGUUGUUGGAUAAAUCAGCAAAAUCUUGUUGAAGCCAAAGCCGUUUUGAAGUUAUUAAAAAGUUUAUCAGUUGAUAAAGAAAUUGGAAUAAUUACUUUUAACACUAAGCAACGGGAUUUAUUAGAGGAUAUUAUUGAAAAACAAAAAAAGAAGGUGAAUAAUUUGUUCGUUAGAAAUUUGGAAGAAGUGCAAGGAGAUGAGCGGGAUAUUAUUAUAUUUUCGGUUGGUUAUGGUCCGAACGAAGAAGGAAAAUUUAUUCAUAAUUUUGGUCCACUUAAUCGAGAAGGGGGAGAAAAGAGAUUAAAUGUAGCAAUUACGAGAGCACGAGAAAAAGUGAUAGUUGUAACCAGUAUUUUGCCUUCACAACUAAGUGUUGAAAGUGCUAAAAACUCGGAUACUUCACAAAUAAACUUGAAAGUUUUACUAGAUUCGGUGUAUAAGGCCGAAGAUUUGAUUAGAAAAUUUGUUAGAAAGCAUCUUGAAAAGCCAGAAACCAUUCCUAAGACUAGUAAGUUAUGGAUGAACAAACCUGAUAUUAGGACACAAUUUAAGGCGGCUGGCAAGGAGCCUUAUUACAAGAGGGCUAAGGAUGGAGUUAUUGAUGAGGUGGCUGGUUUCCGAAUUGAAGUUAAUAAGUUAAAACAACAAAAAGAAAAAAAUGAUAAGGAAUAUUGGCGAGCUCGAGCUGAAGAAACUCGUUUAACUAGUGCCGACAAUAUAGUAAAGGGCGGUCCUGUCGAAUCUGAACUACCUUCUGGUUUAGAUUUAGAUUUAGAUGAGGAUGGCGGAAGCGAACAUGAGCAUGAGGUUCCUGGGGAUGGUGAAAAGGUUCCUCGUCCAGGUGGUGGAAAUUGUCCAGAAGGGUUUUGUGGGAAUACCGACAAAGCAACUGGGUGA